GCCCCCUUAAAACAGAUGGAACAAACUGGAAGCCAUCUUGAAAAUAAAAUAAAAACUCGUAGAAGGACCUGAGAAUUUGGGACUUUUACUGCGAAAAGGUGUGAGAAGAAGUGACGUACCGUGUCACGGUGUUGUUGACAGAAGUAUACGCGUGUGUCUGUAUGUCUGUAUGUGUGUCUGCGUGUAGGGGGGACUGUUUCGAAGAUAGCCUCAUGGAUAGUUCAACGCUGACACUUUUUAACGAUGUUAGCACCGACUCAGGCUGUUCGCUAACCGGAAUCCAUGACCGGACCAGCGCGUGACAAGGUGAGAGCGUGACGAACAGAGAGUAGACUUUGACCGAGAAGAGGACACCUGUACACCGGCAAGGAACAGGUAAAUCCAGCUCUCCAGGUGAUGUUUAGUGUGUUUGAACGGAGCGAACCGAAUCUGAACCCGUCUUCACUGAAUCCAGAUCAGAUCAGAACCGAACCACCUGAAGUCAGUAACGUGUUUAUGAUCAGUUAACCUAACUGGAGAUCAAUAACCUGUUUAUAAUCUUUAAAAUUUAUCAACUUGUUUAUUAUCUAUGAACGUAGUCUACCCUUGACAUUUGUUUUUAACAUUUUGCCCUAAAGAAAAAUAAAUUAUGGUUAAAAAAUAUGAGAAAUUACAACAAUAAUAGACUAAAAAUGAUGUUUAUACUGUAAUUUGAAUUUAUUGAAGGACAGCCCCUUGAGCUGUAGCAUCUCAUUUUCAAAGGAGUCCCUAAACAAACAAACAUACAUAGAACUCAGGACACAUUACAAUACAUUAACAUAACAAAUACAGACAUCUUGCUCACCCUACUCCCACAUACAACCCCAACCAACAUACGCCUAACAUACAAAGUAGAUAAAGCUUCUUGAGAACAUAAAUGCAAAAAUGUAAAGAAAAUAAAUCAGAAACAUGCCAACUUCUUUGAAUAUUCGAGGAACAAAGAUAAAUAGGAAGUUCAUGUGUCUAAGAAAGUAUGGGGAGUUGUUUCUUAAUGGUGGUAUUGGUGUAAUUUUUCCCUUCACUUUCUUUUGUAUGAAAAUUAUUUGGUCUAGGAAUGUUUUGUUUUCUGUCUCUUUCUAUAACAAACUGUCAAAAUAAGACAUACAGUUGAACUGUAGUGGAAGAGAAAUUCAACCCCCCUUACUGCGAAAAAAAGGAGGAAAAUAAGGGCGGGUUUAUGUUUCAUGUAUUUGCACAUUUUUACAAGUCAAAAUCCAUUAUGCAUCUGCUGUGUUCAGCACGUCCUCUAUAUCUGAAGAGAAUCACUGCUGGGUUAAUUUUUCUGGAUCAACAGUGGUGGGAUUACGAGGGGAGUGUCUUUUAAAUUAAACAGCAAACCACUUCAAAAUGACCUGAUUUACUGAUAGAUGGUUUAUUUUUUUCAAUUGAAUGUCUCAUCAGGGCUCAAAAAUGAAGUUUUCCCUCAUUACUAUGAUUAUUUAUUUUUACAGUGUGGCUGGUAUGACAGGGUUGUAUCCAUCGUCACCGACAGCAGAGGGAAGAUGAUCAGUGUGUUUGUGUUCCUGUCUCUGACUCAGCUGCUGACCUCAGGUGAGUGAUCACAGGUGAAUCAAACAGUUCAGGUACUAACAUGCACACGACCUGCAAUGCUUACCUGUCAGGCAUGUUUCCAGUCUAAGUAUUGUACUUACCUUUGCUGAUUCCUCUUUACAGCGCUGGUCUCUCUCCCUGCUCCAAUCAACCUAUCCAUGGACUCGAAGAACUUCCGGCACAUUCUCAGCUGGGACCCUGGACCUCAGACCCCUGAAGGGACCCAGUAUGAGGUUUAUAAAAGGUCAAAACCCUGCAGCGAUCUCUGCUGUCACUCUCUGUCUCAGACCACAUCAAAAGCUUUGAUAGAUCUACAUUGGACUUUACAAAGAUGUGUAAUAAAUGGAAAAAAUAAACUACAGUAAUAUUAAUUAAUCUAUUUUAAAGAUUAAUUGACCGUCAGGCUCAUUGCUGUGAGAGAAGCAGUAGGAAAAACCAAUAAAACAGUCUGAAAACGUAUGCACUGUUAGAUUAAUAUGAAUGGUCAAUAAGGGUUAUAUUUGAGUAUAUUAAAUAGAAUUAUUAAUGCGUGUAGCUGUGUCCGCGUCGUGGGAAUGAUCUUGUACAAAUGUUUUAGCCUCUUCAUGUGAAAAAAUACAUUUAUGUUUAAACAGGGGAAACAGGAAACAAAGAGAGGAAGUGUUGAACGUCUCCAGCUGGACUCAAACCGCUGACUUUGUGGUUUAUAGCUGCUGUCAACCCACCGCCACGUUUCCAGAGAAAUAGAGAUACGAAAAAAGCUGGUGGUAGAGUGAUCUUGACAAUGUGUUAGAAAGCAUGCGAAAGAGAGUCUGAGAGUGUGUGUGACUAAGUGUCCAUAAUCAGUCUUAAUGAAAGUUGGACUCCACAGAGUUACUUAUUGAUUGAAAUUCGUGUAAAGUCAAAUCUGACCAUUCAUAUUAUCUAUUAAUACAGAAGCACAGAAAUAUACAAACACUGUUAAAGCUCAACUUAAACAUUUGACUUAAAAUAAAGAGCUUUUGUUAUAGCUGGAGGAUAUAGAAACAUAAAUUAAAAUCUUGUUGUUGGAAUCCUAAAAUUGCUCGGGGUUUUAGAGCUUGUAGCUGCCACUAAAAUAUGAUUUCUCUCAGCUCAGGGCCCACAUACCAGACUGAAAUCAGCAGGAGGAAUAAGUUUUCACUUAACUUUGAAAGUUUUCUGCUGGGUUUUAUUCCCAUUUUUUGUUUUUCAUGAGGUUUUAAGCUUGUCUAUCCAAAAAAACAAACUUUAUGAUCUUCAAUUUUUAACAAACCAAUCUAUCUAAUCUAUCUAUCCCAGAUCAUUAACGUGUCAAGGGUUAAAAUUUGCUUUUAUAAGUUCCAGGAACUGCACUGAGAUUUGUUUGUUGGUGGUUGAGUUUAAUGUUGAGUUUUUGUUGUUGAUUUGUUCGCAGUGUAAACUCGAGGGGAUGGAGACUCAUUCAGAAGACCUCUAUGACAUUACUGAAGGUGGAGCUGAACAUCCAAAAAGAGUACGAUCUUGCUGUGAAGGCCGUCUACAACCUCACCACUUCCGAAAUGUCUAAAAACCUCACCUUCAAGGCACUGACUGACAGUAAGAGCAGAUACACUACACAUUAUCUACACACUAUUACCCUACUAGGUUGAGUCUUGAAUACUCCAAGUGUAUAAACACCUGAGCCUAUCGCAGUUUGAGUCUGUAUUAGUCUAAGAGUUGAAAUUUAUGGUGUUAUUACAAAGAGCUCCUUCAAGUCUGAGUCAGCCCUCAUGAUAAGCUCUGUUAAAAAAAGAAAGUUUUGAUCCUGAUCCUGAAGUAGAGGGCGUAUCUGCCCUUCUGUCUCUGGUAGAGAAAGUAGGUCUGUUAGCUGAAAAGCUGCUUCUCCCAGACUGCUUUUUGUAACAUUAUGCUCUGUCAGCAAACCUGUAUACCAGGACCGUGAUAUAUCAGAGGGGUUGUUUUAUAACCCAUGAGCUCUUAAAGUUCAUAGGAUGAUGUCUGAUCAUGAAGAGCUUUGAAAGUUAGAUGAAGGUUUAUAAAUUCUGUCCCAGAUUCACAACAGCUCAACGUGCUGUAUUUGAGAGUAGACUGAGAUUUUCUGAAAAAGAAGAAACCACAAGCAGCUGAUGCACUUCAGGUUUAAAGUUACUGCCUUGCAUCAGUCAGUACGUUUACAUGCAAAUUAGUGAUCUCUAAACUUUACUGUGCAUGUGGCCACACUGACUCUGACUCCUCCUGUGAAGCAGACAUUUCCUGAGUCAUCAAACAUAAGUUGUGGUUGUAUUUUGUUGUGACUCUGUGUUGCUUGUCUUUGUUUUGCAUUGCCUCACUGCUGCGUUGCCCUGUUGCCUGGUUGCAGUGAAGAUCGGCCCUGCAGCAGUGGUCCUGUCUGGAUGUGGAAACUGCCUGGUGGUGAACAUCUCUCUGCCGCGGCCCAACAGCAGCCCCAGAUCGGGGAAUUUUUUCAGUACAUAUGACCCAUCAUUCAGAGUGCUGUGGAAAAAACGAGACGGCACACAGGUCAGAAAAACACUAAUACACCAUCCCACAGAACUUAAGAGACGAUGAGUUUUUGUUUCCUCUCUAAUGCCUCUCUAAAUUACUCUGUGUUCGUGUGCCACAUGAAUAUGCAAACACUGAGCUACAUGAUCAGACAAAUAAAUUGGCAUCUGGGUUAAUGUUUGAGCACUAUCUUCUGUUUCUGUCUGGUGAAAUCCUCUUCCCCCCUAACGUAUUGCUCUCUCUCUGCAAGGAUCCUUUCUGUUAUGCCGACAGACUCUGAGAAUAACAACCGGAGCCUGUCUGGGACAAAAACUACAGCUUUUACUUAGACACUUUGAGGAUCAUGUGGUAGACAGUACAGACUGCGUACGAUCGAUCUGCUUUCUUUUCCCCAAAAAUGCUCCAAUUAGCUGUGAAAGCAGUUAAAAACACCAGAAUUCCCCUUUAUUUUCAGAUAUUUGUGUUAAUUUAGGAUUUGAAAUGACAACUAUGUAGAGACAGACAAAUGUAGACUUCUUGUUUUUACAGAUCUUGAUUUUGUUUUUCUGCAGAAUUCGGUUGAAACUAAGAGUAGGAGUUAUAAUAUGUCCAACCUUGAGAAGGGGGUGGAGUACUGUGUUCAAGUGGAAACAGUUACACGGCUGAACCAGAACACACUGCCCUCCAAAUGGAGCUGCGCCUUCACCAGCAACCCUCAGCCCAGCACAGGUGAGCUCAGCAGUUACUAGAGCUAUAACUAUAAUGUAGGUCAUUACAGCACAACACACCAUGUCUGAUUCAGGGCUGACAGGAUACCAGACACUGUUAUCAUAGCUGUAAGAUACCACUAUAACAGUAUUAUCACUUUUUUUAUAGACAACUUCAAAAUAAAGCCACAUAAUCAGUCAAACUGAGAAAAGACAAGAAAGUCAUCAUUCAUUUCUAAUGUAUCUGCACCACUAACAUUGAGACUGAAACUUCUUUGGAGAAAAUAUUACCUCACAAAACUAUUAUUCUCAAGCUUUUAUUUUGGUAAUUUUUUUUCUGACUGGUAUUAGGUUGUUUUAUUCACUAUAAGAGAAUAUUAGGGCCACAUUAAGAAAACGAGAAUACUACUAUUACAAAUGAGAAUAAAGUCAUAGUAAAGAAAUUACUUGCGAAAAUAAAGUCGUAAUGCAAUCAUUAUGAUACUUAUGAUAAUGUGGUGCUGAUGUGCCUAAAGAUUAAGUAUCUCCUUAUUUGAGAAAUAUUAUAUAUCAUAUAGAAAUAUAUAUAUUAAAGUACAUUUUCGCAAAAUGCUCCAUGGCUCUCAUUUCAACAACUUUCAUCUUAAACAGCAGGUUAGAAUAUAAGGAUUUUGUUCUGACUUUGCCCUCGUAAGUAAUUACUUUACUACGACUUUAUUCUCAUAAGUAAGGAUUUAUUACAACUUUAUUCUUGUAUGUUAUUACUUUACUAGGACUUUAUUCUCUUAAGAAAUGAUUUUAUUACAACUUUAUUCUCGUAAAUCAAUGACUUUAAUUUGAAGUCUUCAAUUUUUUUUCUUAAUAUGGCCCUAAUACUCCACCGUAAUUCACUACAUGUUUUAACUAUGCUUUUAUUUUGAAAUAAGUGCUACUUCUGGUAGAUGAAAGUGUUUCCAAAAGUACUUCCAGGAGGUAUCUUUUAGGUGUUUUCAGGUGACUGAUAGCGGCAUGUUUUGUAGAAAAUUAUCACUGUAUUAAUUCCCUGAGGUCAACAGUGCCAUUCAAUGGUCAGGUUACACUGACAGCGCCCUCUGCUGAAUCAAACUACUUCAGAUGCUCUUUGUGGAAUGUGUAAAGACUAAAUGAACACCGUACAGUAUUGAAGACCACCAAUUAAUUGUUAUGUUCACAGAGGGAAUAAAUCAUCGCUACACAAUCAGACUGAUGUGUGUGUGUGUGUGUGUGUGUGUGUGUGUGUGUUUUCAGUCCCUGUGUUCGUAGGUGUAGGUGCUGCUCUGCUACUCCUUGUGGUGGGUGUAGCGAUGGUGGUUCUGUGGGGUCUUUAUCGCUCAGGGUAUCUAUGUAAACUGAAGGCUAAUCUUCCCAGAGCUCUGCAGGUAAGAAACACCGGAUUUCAUCUUCAUAUUAAUCUGUCGGCUCAGUUUUUACUUCCUGCUGUUUACCUCCUGUCCUCUCUUCUGAGAUACAAACAUACUGUAGCAAGUAUGUUGGACCAAUGUGAGAUACAGUGAAGCUGAGACUUAGGGGAGACAGAUGCAGUGAAACUAGAACUGUGGACUCUACAGGCCAAAGUUUAAGAGAGGGGAAGGAGAGAUUUUAGAGUGAAGUAAUGAACCUCAACGAAUUACGUCCUGUGAGUGAUCAUGUGACCUGUGUAUAACUCUCAUCCUCCUCCUUCUCUUCCUCUGCAGGCGGGUCUGAACCAAGGAUACACCCUGACCCCAGAGGACCUCGUCUUCAAUAACAUCUCCUUCAGCUCCCAGAAACUCAGCAGGCCACCAGCACCACCACCCACAGCCAGGAAGGAGGAGGAGAAGGAGGAAGAGGAGGAGGAGGAAGAAGCAGAAGAGGAGGAGGAGGAGGAGGAGGAUAAAGAGUACUUGGGCAGAGAAGCAGGAGCAGAGUUUCCUCCAACUGAUGGAUCCUGCCCACACUCUGUCUCAGAGGGUUCUGGGACACUCACAGCGGACAAGGAGAGAGAGGACAGAGCCUCUCAGGCGGGACAUGAUCAGGAUGAAAAGGAGGACGGGGAGGCUCCUGUCAGAUCUGAAGGUGGGAAAACUGAACAAAAGGAUUAUGUGACCAAAGAGAGGGCAGAGACGAAGGAGGAGAAGGAGGAGAAGGAGGUGGAGGAGGAGGAGAAGGAUAUGGGGAGGGAGGAGGAGUGUAACAGCUCAGGUAACAUCAACCUCUUCUCAGUAAAACUCACUGCACUCGCUGUGAGUGAGGAAGAGGAAGAGGAGGAGGAGGAGGAGGAGGAGGACAUGACAGACUCCCUCACACAUCUGCUGGAUCACACACACACAAAGUCAGCUGUCACACACCUGACUGAGACACACACACUCAGUUCCUACCACGAGGAGGAUGGGGAGGAAGAAGAAGAAGACGAGGAAGAGGAGGAGGAGGAGGAGGAAGAGUUUUCCGGGUACAUGAGACACUCGUGACAUUGACCCUCCUCUGUGUUGAAAUGUUCAAGUGUAAAUAAAGCUUUGAAUUUAUUUUUGUAUUUAAAGAGGCACACCAGUAUCUUUUAUAAUGUUUACAUGACCAACAAGCAAAUCUCCUACAGCCUGUAGGUCCUUGAAGGCAGCACAGCUGCAUCAUAAGACUGACUAUGGGAGCCUGUGAGGUCCAAACUGAAACAAAUAGUGAUGUGGAUUUGCUUGAUACAAAUAAAGAGGUAAUCCUUGUGAAUCUCAGAGGUCACAGGUGUGAAUGUUUUCCUGAGGUGUAUUCCCCCUGUCAGGAGGCUCUAUAAACACACUCAGGUUCAGAGUGAUACCUUUUCUCAUUUGCAGAGGUCGUAUUUUAAAGAUCUGUGUCAAUAUGCUAUCAUUCAGACAAUGGCAUGUUGACAUAACCAGCAUCAUAUCUGCAUCAGUCCUCACAAGGCUGAUAUCCCUAUUCCUGAAAAAUGCAUUUUCAUCAUAACCUAUCGACAGCAUAUUGAAUGUUUUCCAGAGCCUAAUAUUAAGCUUUCCACAUGUCUUUGAUUGAAUUUUCCCUCCGGUUCAGUAAUUUAGCUGUGUAAUUAAAUUGUUGCUUUUUGUUAAAUGCAAAAAAAGAGAAAAAAUAAUGAUAAAAAUUUACAAAUUAGUAUCACCAUAGGCCAGAAAAAAGCCCAAAUAGGUCGAUCACUAAUACACACUCAUUCACAAGGAGCAGAAGCAGAAAUAAAUGUGUUGACAGCCCGGUAAAAAAAUAAACAUUUUGGUCCAAA